AUGGUACUUACUAAGGAAUGCAGUGCGGUCAUCCAGAGGAAUCUCCCUGAGAAACUGCAAGACCUUGGGAGCUUUGUGAUUCCCUGUACCAUUGGAAAUACCCAUAUACAGAAGGCCUUGUGUGAUCUUGGAAUAAGUAUCAACCUAAUGCCACUAUCAUUGAUGAGGAAACUCCAAAUUGAAGAAGUAAAGUCUACCUGUAUUUGUCUCCAACUUGUUGACCGCUCAAUCAAAUUCCCAUUUGGAGUGGUGGAAGACCUACUUGUGAGAGUAGGACCUUUUACCUUUCCCACUAACUUUGUAAUAUUGGAUAUGGAAGAGGACAAGAAUGCAUCCAACAUUCUUAAAAGACCCUUCUUAGCCACAGGAAAAACUCUUAUAGAUGUACAGAAGGGUGAAGUAACACUGAGUGUCAAUGAAGAGGAGGUUGUGCUGAACAUAUUGGAGGCUUUGCAACACCCAAAUCAUCUUGAACAAUGCAUGAGGAUAGACAUCAUUGAACCUCUGGGUUGCAGAGGUGUUUGGAACUCGGAAGCUUAA